UGGCUGCGCGCCGCUGGUGUCGAGCGGCUGCUGGAUUUGGAUCGCUGGUCGCAGGCGGGGCCUGUACUGUGGGGUCUGCGCUUUUCCCCGCGGCUGCUGCUCAACUAUCUCGUGGCCAACGCCGUCACGUACCCGCUGUAUUCACUGCAGCUUUCCUUCUGUGUGGUGGCGGUCAACAUGCUGCGAUGUGUACUGCUGCCGCUGCGUAACGUACUGCGUGCACGGCAGCGCAGUAGUCGUGGUAGCAGAGUUCCCAAGGCACCUUCUUCUGCAGCAACAACCCCAACGCCGGCAGCAGCAGCAGCAGCAGCGAGACCGGGUGGACGUCUGACGCGUUGA